AUGCACACAAAUACCAAAAUUGCUUUUCUUUCCAUAAUACCUGUUUAUUUUUUCGGUCCCUGCUUAACACAGAGUGCUGACAACUCAACGUCAAGUGACUGUGGGUCUGAGAUUGACAGCUUCCUCGAGCAGAGGCGACCCAUCAACAGCACCAACACUGUUGCUGUGAACCACUCAAAUUUCUGGGAACCGUGGUAUCUCAGCCUGAUGAUAACCGAUCGACGCGAUCCUGGCUAUUCAUGGGGCCCUGGCAAGACGUUUCAAGAAAGAAGCGGGUUUCUCAGUGUGCCCGAAUCGUUUGCUGAAAGCGAAAGAGGUGAAGAUACGAGCUACUGUCUCUACAGACUUCCAGCUCAAAACGCUGUUGCGGACGGGGAGACAGGCAGCUGCAGCGGUAUUAUCAGCGAAGAGUGCCGCAUUGCGCUACAAUACUCCACACCUGAUUUUUCAGAUGACCAGUGUCAUGUUCCUGAUGAUUACAAAAAAGCUUGUUCGGUCGACGGAUACUUGGGCAUGUCAAGACCAUCAACCUUUUCAAGAACAAAGUGCGCAUUGGGCAGUCUCCCUCACGUCGAUUUACCAGACAACUACACAAGCUUCGGUGACCUUCCUGUUGGGGGCAUAGCGGAAGGAGGUGACGACUACGAUAAUUUCGACUUGUAUGAUUUACACGUCCGGCAAACGGUUCCAAUGGCCCUUACCAUACGAGACGGGAAUGGCUUUUUCGACACAAGAGUCAUCUGUCUGGCUCCGAACAAAAUUGUCGAAGGGAGUCGCGAUCCGGAAUCCGACUUUCCUCCAUCGAAGGCGAAUGGUCAUCUGUCAAAUACAGGCUUUGGUACACUAGCCAUUGUUGUGGCUCUGCUAGCCGGCGUGACACUGGCCUGA